AUGGAACACCUCAGCUGGUCAGGGGCUCUGCUCCGUUCCUCCCAGGGCCCAGGGAGUUCCAGCCUCGAUGUCUCGGUCCCCGGCGGGACCUCUCGGCGGGGAGCAUUUGCCACAGCAGCAUCAGGUGGCUUACACAGGACGGAGAAGUUCUCCUUGAAGUUCAUCUGGAGUGACGGGGACUACAAGCAGCUCAGCGAUGAGCAGGACCAAAGGGUCAUCGGGAACUACUACGAGCUGUUCGCUGCUGCGGUGGGCAACGUCCAGUGGUUGCGGUUCUGUCUGGAUCGGGACAGUGGAGAAAUCCGGACUGACUCCAAGCCUUCUCCUGUCUGGUUCUGGACUCCACAGGGCUUCACUGCCCUCCAUUUCGCCGCCCAGCGGGGCAAGCUUGCAUGCCUGCAGAUUUUGAUAGAGGAGUAUGAUUUUCCCGUGGACCUGCCCACCAACAACAGCCAGACUCCCCUGCACCUCGUCAUCCACAGGGACAACAAGACCAUGGCACUCCCCUGCAUUUCCUACCUGCUUGGGAAAGGGGCAGCCCUCAAUGCUCAAACAUGCAACGGCUCCACGCCACUGCACCUGGCAGCCCAUGAGGGGCUGCUGGGCUGUGUGAAGGUCCUGGUGCAGAGUGGCGCUGAUGUCCAUGCCCAAGAUGCCAUGGGCCUCAAACCCAUCGACUUCUGCAAAAUAUGGAACCACCGUGCCUGUGCCAGGUUCUUGAAGGAUGCCAUGUGGAAACGGAAUAAGAGUGACUUUGCUCAUGAAAUGGGAAAGCUGAAAAGGCUCAAGGACCAGCUGGUCAUCAUGGAGAAGAACUACCUGAUUGAGUAUCAGAAAAAGCAAAAAAUUCUGAGAAAAGAUGAUUUCAAGAAGUGGCUCCAAGGAAAGCUGACACACCAAGGUCACUCUCUGGUCCACAAGCAAGCCCAUGCCAUCACCCUCUCCAAGACCCAACAGCUUUCCAAGAGUCUCCACCCCUCUGUGGAGGCACGCCUGCAGCGCAUACCUCCACCACCCAGGGAGAAGCCCAAGAAGCCACAGAUCAGCUUCUACAGCCAGCCCUCAGUCAGGCGGCCCACAAUGUGGAAUGUCAGCACCAACCCUGCCACACAGCCCAGCACCCAGAUCAGCUUCCCACAGGACAUCCGCUUGGGUAUACAUCCAGACCCCAGCCUGGAGCAUGACUUCAGCAGCUUCCUGGAGGUGACACCAGACAGGCAAGGUGGUGCAUGGCUGCACACGGUGGACGGCCACUGGGUAACACCUGUGCCCCAGCUGCCUUUUGAGGUGAUAGUCCGCACAUUGUACCCAAGUACAUGUCCGUACAGGAUGAAGGUGCCCCAGGGUCUUUAUUCCAUCAGCAUGAGGGACGUGCCCCGGAAACGGUACUUGGGUGAUGACACCUUCUGGACAGACACUAUGGCCAUGAACCUGCGUCAGACAUUUGACAAAGCCUUCCUAGCAGCCCUGCAAGCUCAUCAAGGGCUCCCUACCUUGCCCUCCCCUAAAACAAAUCCAUAAAGUUAUUCUGAUAGCCUCUGUACCUGAGGCAGCCCAGUGAAGGCUGAGAUGUGGUGAUUUACAUUGUGGGUGAGAAGGAAGGAGAGAGGAGUCCUACGGGUUUCCCAUUCCCAUGCUCAAGGACUGGAUUUCCUUGCUCACUAAUCCCGUAAUCAAAGCCCAAACUCCAGGCCUCCCUUCUUCGUGCCAAGAAAUCUCUUGAGCCUCCCAGAAAAUCCAAGUUAGGUUCAGAGAGGGAGUCAUUAGUAUCCUGGGUCUUAGCAUUAUAAAAGUGACACUCUGGCAUCCCCCUGUGCUCCCAGCCAGCCUACCAGGGACAAGUCUUCUAGGAUGCAGGGACCACUGGGAAAUUU